AUGGACACUUACACCUUCGCAACCUCCGCGCAGGUUGACCUACCAAUCUAUCUGAAGAUAUGCAGUUUGGAAGGCAAACAAAAACAGAUACCUUUUUCCGUCUUAAUUAAAAACCCUGAGCUUCGACACCUCGGAUCGAACCAGAGCCCGAUAUCAGACCUUUACAUUACCGUCCAACUAUGGGCUAGUUCUAAACCUCUAGGUGUUCCCGUCCAGACGGCAUAUAAAGCAUUUAAGACAACCCGAACAUGGAAUGAAUGGCUUACAAUGCCCGUAUGUAUAAAAGAUGCACCGGUCAAUAGCCAGCUGGCCAUCACCGUUUGGGAUCUGUCACCAUUGGGCGGAAACGAUGCUUACGGCCAUUCUGUCCCUUUUGGUGGAACCACCAUAUCAUUAUUCGAUGACGAUGGUACUCUGAAAAAGGGCAGACAGAAGUGCAAAAUCUACCGGCACAAGGCCGCGGAUGGGCUUUCGAAUACCACGACACCGUCCGCCCCGCCGCAAAAGCGCCGUUUAUCUCCUCAUAUAGACCAUGGCCCGACCCCGGAAGAAGAGGAGUUAGAGCGUCUGGAAAAACUCCUGAAGAAACAUGAGAUGGGCGAGAUACCCCGAGUUGACUGGUUAGAUCAGCUAGUAUUUCGAGCUGUGGAAAAGAAAAAGUUGGAGGCUGAGGAAUCUGCGAAAAAAAGGGCAAUACGCAACCAAGCCGUUAGGGCAAAAGUUGCAGUGAAGACAAAUGGAAUGACAGACAACCUUGGUGAUGAUGAUGAGGAGGAAGAUGAGAUAAAUGAUCACGAAGAGAACUUUGUCCUCUAUAUCGAAUUCCCACGCUUUGAUUUUCCUGUCGUUUUCGAAGAUUUCGAGUAUCCUCGUCCGCCGAUAUCCUCCUACUCUCAACAGCCUUUGUCGGGCUCUAAUUCCACACUCAAAUCACCACCAGAAGUCCGUUUGGGACCCGAUAUAGAUGGCGCGGGUAACGACGAUGAUGACCAUCGGAUAAUUCGAAUAUAUGACCCCGAGGUUGGCCAGAAAGGGAACCCUUGCGAGGACAAACAUCGGAGACUAGUUCGUAGCCACCGGACUGGAAUUAUGGAUCGCGAUCUCAAGCCAAAUCCAAAGAUCCGUGAUGAAUUGAAUGAAAUCAUGUUAUAUGGACCUACGCAAGAACUGAACUCUGAGGAGAAAGACCUUGUCUGGAAGUUCCGGCAUCAUCUUACUCGUGAUAAGAGAGCCCUGACUAAGUUCGUGAAAUCGGUCAAUUGGCAAGAUGUUAGCGAAGCUCGACAGGCCGUGGAAAUUCUCCCCAAGUGGACUGAGAUAGAUGUGGACGAUGCGUUGGAACUUCUUGGGCCCACUUUUGAUAACCCAGCUGUACGCGCGUAUGCGGUAGACCGACUGAGGAAGUCUGAUGAUGAGGAAUUGCUCCUAUACCUCUUGCAACUAGUACAAGCCUUAAAGUUUGAGGCAAUCCCUGCCGAAGUCGCUGAAGAUAUAACACAAGAUUCCUCAUUAACCAACUUUCUCAUCACGCGAGCUGCGAACAAUCCGCUACUUGGAAGCUAUUUUCACUGGUACCUCAUGGUCGAGUGUGAUGAUGCAGGCCCAAGCACUAUUUCCGCCCAUCGCAAACUGUUCGCCCGCGUUGAGUACUACUUCAUGGUCGAGCUGGAGAAACACCAUCCUGAACAGAGGAAAAUUUUAUUACGACAGGGCGAACUCAUUACAAUUCUGACCAAGAUCGCGAAGGAUAUUCGCUUCUCGAGGGUUAACCGUGCUGUCAAAAUCGAAAAGCUGAAGAAGUUUCUGCUAGACCCUAAGAACGAGCUUACUACCAUUGACCCUCCUCUUCCGCUUCCGCUGGACCCGGAAAUUCUGAUCACAGGGUGCUUCGCUGAGGGUUCUAAUGUUUUCAAAUCCUCCCUCUCACCCUUGCUUAUCAACUUCAAACUUUCUGAUGGACGAAAAUACCCUGUAAUUUUCAAGGUUGGAGAUGACCUUCGACAAGAUCAGCUUGUCAUCCAAAUCAUCAGUCUCAUGGAUCGGCUUUUGCAGAAGGAAAAUUUAGAUCUGAAACUCACUCCUUACCGGAUAAUUGCUACCGGCGCUAAUGCCGGUGCGAUGCAAUUUAUCCCCUCAACAUCCUUAUCAGCAGCGUCGGCAAAAUACAAGGGCUCGAUACUUGCAUAUUUGAGAGCCAACAAUCCUGAUGACAACGAGCCACUAGGUGUCCGCAAAGAAACGAUGGAUACGUACAUAAAAUCUUGCGCUGGCUAUUGCGUGAUAACUUACCUCCUAGGUGUAGGCGAUAGGCAUUUAGACAACCUAUUGAUUGCACCAGACGGCCAUUUCUUCCACGCAGAUUUUGGCUUCAUUCUCGGCCGUGACCCGAAACCUUUUGCCCCGAUGAUGAAACUCUGCAAAGAAAUGGUGGAAGGCAUGGGUGGAGCGUCGUCGCCCAACUAUCUCCUAUUUAAACAAUAUUGUUUUACAGCAUAUACCACCCUUCGGAAAUCCGCGAACCUCAUCCUCAACCUUUUCAGCUUGAUGGUCGAUGCAAAUAUUCCAGAUAUCCGCGUCGAGCCGGACAAGGCUGUACUGAAGGUGAAGGAGAGGUUCCACUUGGAAAUGAGUGAAGAGGAGGCAAUUCGCCACUUUGAGCAGCUCAUUGGUGAUAGCGUGAAUGCUAUUUUUGGAGUUGUCAUUGACCGUCUUCAUGAUUUCGUGCAGGGAUGGAGGGCAUAG